AUGUCAUCCCAGCAGCCUCACAUCUCCGUGAAACCCAUCAGCGAGAAGCGGCGACUGAAGCUUGAGAAGUUCGUCAAGAAUAAACAGAAGCAACGACAAACGCUGCAGACACAGAGCGGGGCGUCAACAGAAAAGAAUUCGAAAAAGCAAGAUGUUGCUGCAUUGGAUCUGAAAGAUUGGUCUGAAGAAAUGCCAAUGGGACAAUAAAAGAUUCUAAAACCAUUGGAAGAUUACUUCCACAAAUCUUACAUACCAGGGGUCGUCGAAUCUGCCUGGUACAGCUUCUGGGAGAAUCGAGGACUAUUCAAACCACAAACAGAGACGAACGGCACUCUCAAACCGAAAGGGAAAUAUGUCAUUGCUAUCCCACCGCCAAAUGUAGGUGCAAUUUUCCAUGGUUGCACAGCUUUAUUCUAAUGCCAGUCACAGGUGACAGGCAAACUGCACGUUGGACAUGCUCUGGCACUCUCCUUGGAAGACACUUUAAUCCGAUGGCACCGUAUGCGACAAUUCUCAACACUCUAUAUCCCUGGCUGUGAUCAUGCGGGAAUUGCCACUCAAGCAGUGGUUGAGACGCAGCUUGCUAAACAUCCGAGAGAUGGAAGGUCUAAAAGGCAGGAUUACAGUCGGGCGGAGUUCGUUCAGUUGUGCCAGAAUUGGAAAGAGGAUCACCAUAAAGCGAUCAAUAAGAUCACACACAGACUCGGAGUUUCUGUUGAUUGGGAUCGAGAAGGGUUUACAAUGAGCCCGCAGUUGUCCAAAGCGGUCACGCAGACAUUUGUGCAGCUGCACUCGGAAGGGCUUAUCUACCGAGCUAACAGGCUUGUGCACUGGUCGUGUCGCCUCUCUACGGCUUUAUCAACAAUUGAGGUUGACCAGAAAGUGCUUGAAGGGCCGACGAAGCUCGAUGUGCCAGGCUAUGACAAGAAAAUUGAGUUUGGAACACUGACGUUCUUUAAAUAUCCAAUCCAGGGUUCGGAGGAGCAUAUCGAAGUUGCAACAACACGACCAGAGACUAUGCUGGGCGAUACUGGAAUAGCGGCGUAUCCUAAUGACGAUCGAUAUAAGGAUUUUAUUGGCAAGAUAGCACAGCACCCCAUCGUCUCGGAUAGACAGCUGAAGAUUGUUGCCGACGAUUCUGUUGACAGAAGUUUCGGUACCGGUGCGGUUAAGCUAACUCCUGCUCAUGAUCAUAACGAUUCUAAGCUAGGCAAAAAACACGACCUCGAGUUCAUCAAUAUUUUGAACGAGGACGGUACUCUCAAUGCCAACGCCGGAUCCUAUGCAGGAGAGAAGAGGUUCAACGCGAGAUACCGAGUCAUCGAGGAACUUAAAAGGCUCCAUUUGUAUACGAAACAAGAGCCGAACAAGAUGGUUGUUCCUAUAUGCAGCCGAUCUGGUGAUUUUAUUGAGCCGCUUUUAAAGCCCCAAUGGUGGAUGAGAAUGGAACCAUUAGCGAAGCCUGCGAUAGCAGUGGUUGAAAGUGGCGAGCUUGUCAUUCGACCAGACCUACAAAAGCGACAGUAUCUCCAGUGGAUGAGAAACCAUCAAGACUGGUGCUUGUCGAGACAACUUUGGUGGGGUCAUCAGAUACCGGCUUAUCACAUCAGUAUUGAGGGCGAAAGCGGGGAGAAUGAUGAUAAUGAUGAUUAUUGGGUAUGUGGCAAAACUCAGCAGGAGGCUCAAGAAACCGCAGAACGAAAAUUCCCUGGCAAGAAAGUGACCAUAAAACAAGACGAGGAUGUGCUUGAUACUUGGUUCAGCUCUGCACUCUGGCCAUUUAGUACUCUUGGAUGGCCAGACAAAACGUCUGAUCUCGAAAACUACUUUCCAAAUACAACUCUAGAGACAGGUUGGGAUAUCCUACCAUUCUGGGUCAGCCGCAUGAUAAUGUUCUCGCUGAAGUUGACCGGCAAAGCAUCAUUUACGGAUGUCUUUUGUCACGGGUUGAUACGAGAUAGUGAUGGUCGGAAAAUGUCAAAAUCACUUGGAAACGUUAUUGACCCUACGGGUAUAAUAGAUGGCAUCAGCCUCUCCGAUUUACAUGAAAAAUUGCUACAUGGUAACCUAACAUAGACCGAGAUCAAAAAUGCCGAAAGAUAUCAAAGAAAAUCAUUUCCACAAGGUAUCCCUGAGAUCGGGGCUGAUGCUUUACGGUUUUCGCUCAUCAACUACACUCAGUCAUCUGGCAGCGAUAUCAACUUUGAUAUAAAGACAAUGCAAGGCUAUCGAAAAUUCUGCAACAAAAUAUAUCAGGUCGCGAAGUUCGUUCUUGGAAAGCUUGGGAAGGAUUUUGUUCCGCGCAGGAGCGGCGCCUUGGCCGGAAGAGAGAGUCUGCCAGAGAGAUGGAUAUUGACAAAGAUGAACACUGCCGCAAAACAUAUCAAUCAGGCUCUCGAAGAUCGCGAAUUUUCACGGUCAACUCAAAUCAUUCAUCGUUAUUUGUAUGACGAGCUAUCUCAUAUCUUUAUUGAGAACUCGAAGUCGAUCCUGGAUGGCACGCCCGAAGAAACUCGUUCGGUCAAGGACACACUCUACACUACACUUGAAUCUGGAUUAAAACAGAUUUCUCCAUUUAUGCCAUUCUUGGGCGAGGAGCUUUGGCAGCGUCUUCCACGUAGACCAGGCGACAGCACCCAAUCAAUCACGAUCGCUGAUUGUCCUGAAUACGACCCGUCUUUUGAUGAUGCGGAAUCCGAGUUGGCCUAUACACUUGUACUUGACUGCUCGAGAGGCAUCCGUUCCCUCUUAGCUGAUUAUGCCAUCAAGGAUAAAGGCGUGAGUUAUAUUGCAACUUCUGAUCAAGAGUCAUUUGAAACCGUGGCAGCACAACUCUCUGCAAUUGAAGCACUCAGUGGAAAGACACCCGUAAAGAUUGUUGUGAUGAACGCUGAAGAAACCACUCCCCCUGACUGUGCGGUUUUCCCCAUUUCCUCUCACGCCAACGUCUAUCUCGAAGUCAUAGACGGCGCAAUAGAUCCCACCAAGGAGGCUGAAAGAUUUAACGAGAAAGUUGAUGAAGCACAGGAAGGAAGAAUUUGA